AUGUUCAGCCUCACAACAUUAACGGGACUCCUUCUUGCCGUUGCCUCUCACGCACAGUUGGCUGGUGCAGACGGUCCAUCCGUGGCCUUGCGCUAUUCUACAGUUGUUGGUUCUAGCAGUAAUGGAAUCGACAGCUUCAGAGGCAUACCUUUCGCGCAUCCGCCAGUAGGAUCGCUACGACUGAAGCCACCACAACCCAUAACUUCUACUUUGGGCGAGGUUCAGGCAACUGCUACUCCGAAAGCAUGCCCCCAAUUUUGUUCGCAAUACACUCCCAGUGGCCUACCACCAAUUCUACUGGAUAUCAUCACGAAUAUAACGAAUAGGCCUUCAGAUGCUUCAAGCGGUUCCAAGCUUCCUGUAGUGUUUUUCAUUUAUGGAGGAGCUUUUGAAUCUGGCGCAACGCAGGGAGUUGACUCCACAAAUCUCAUCAAAGCCUCAAUUGCUUCUGGUACACCGAUAAUUUUUGUGGCGGCAAAUUAUCGACUAGGGGGUUUCGGUUUCCUCGCUGGCAAAGAGCUCUUCAACGAUGGGAGUACCAACCUAGGUCUAUUGGACCAGCGAUUGGCACUUCAGUGGGUCGCUGAUAAUAUUGAGCAAUUUGGUGGCGAUCCCGAUAAAGUGACACUUUGGGGAUUCUCUGCAGGCUCUAUGAGCGUCUUUGAUCAGACGGCACUCUUUGGAGGCAAUAACUCUUAUCACGGAAAGCCCCUUUUUAGAGCAGCAUUGAUGGAGAGCGGCAGCAUCCUCCCUGCGGAGCCUGCCAAUUCUACAAAGGCUCAACUCAUUUAUGACAAGGUCGUUGACAGCGCCGGAUGCUCGACAUCUAACGAUACUCUAGCAUGUUUGAGAUCCGUAGAUUUUAACACCUUUCUAUUAGCGGCAGAAUCCGUUCCCAUCUCAAGCAGUUAUAAUUCCAUCGCUUUGUCAUACCUACCAAGGCCAGAUGGAACAGUCCUCCUUGAUUCACCGGAAAUCUUGGCUUCAAGAGGCCAAUUUGCAAAAGUCCCCUUGUUGCUAGGCGACCAGGAAGAUGAAGGAACUCUUUUCUCGGUUUACCAAUUGAAUCUUACCAACACACAAGACGUUGAGGAAUAUCUUGGCAGCCUCUAUUUCCAGCAAGCCACUGCGUCUCAGGUCCAAGAUCUGGUGGCCACCUAUCCAGACAAUCCCUCGGCUGGCUCGCCUUUCAGAACAGGGCCGUUGAAUAACCUUUAUCCAGAAUACAAACGACUAGCCGCUAUACUUGGUGACUUUAUUUUCACACUUCAAAGGCGCAGUCUUCUUGAGACAGUAGACCAGAUAGCCCCAUCAGUACCGACGUGGUCCUUUCUUGCGUCUUACUUAUACGGGACGGCUUUUUUGGGAACUUUCCACACAACCUCACAAAUCGCUGCGUUUGGGCUGAUUCCAGGUUAUGCUUCCGCCGUUACACAGGAAUUUUACAUCUCUUUUUUUAACACGAUGAACCCAAACAGCAAUGGCUCAACACUACUCCCUACAUGGCCAUGCUGGGGAUCAGGAAAACAGGUGAUGCAACUUGGUGCAACUUCUUCAUCUUUGUUAAAUGACAGCUUCCGAUCGGCGUCCUUUGAUUUCAUCAGAGCAAACUCUCAGGUACUGCAUCUUUAG